CAGAGGAUCAAUAGCAGGAGGAAACAACAAAAAGGACGCAUCAGAUGUUUGUGUCCGCGAGCAGCUGAAAGUGGAUUUCUUCUCCCCGCAGCAGCAGCGUCCAAAGUGCCUUCAGCUCUCCGUCCAGCGCGAACAUGCCGAGAGGAUUUUUGGUGAAAAGGAACAAGAAAACCAACCCGGUAUCCUACCGGGUUCGGUCUGAGGAGGAGGAAGCGGAGCAAACAGCGGCUGACGCCCCGCCGCUGCCGCCGUGCUCCUCCGCGCCUCUGGCCUCCGACCCGGUCCGCGCACAGACGCCGACGCCCAGCUGCGGGGCGGCGGCAACAGCCCCGGAGCAGGACGCUAAGCCGGUUCAGUUCGGGAACCCGGAGGCGGUGUACCAGGCGCUGUACAGCCCCACCCGCCCUGUGAGCCAGGACCACGACCGCUCCUACUUCGAGAGACGCUUCAACCUCGGAUCACCGGUUUCCGCGGAGUCUUUCCCCACACCAGCAGCGCUCACCGCCUUGGACCACCUCUUCGCCCCGGUGGACCUGAAAAUCGGCUCCAGCAACAGCAGCCGCACCGACACCAGCGCUUCAUCCACCGGGACGCACCCCACCGCCGCGACCAAGCGGCCGUCCGGCGACACCGAGCGCAAAGGCAAACCGCCCUCCAAGAAAACCAAAGCUAUCCGGAAACUGCACUUUGAGGAUGAUGUCACCACAUCUCCGGUUCUCGGGCUCAAGAUUAAAGAGGCGCCGGUGGACCAGAAGCCUCCCAGACCCCAGCCCGCCCGAGGAGACAACAACCCGCUGGGCGAGUUCGUCUGCCAGCUGUGCCGGGAGGCGUACGCGGACCCGUUCGCUCUGGCUCAGCACAAGUGCUCCAGGAUAGUCCGGGUUGAGUACAGGUGUCCGGAGUGUGACAAGGUGUUCAGCUGUCCGGCCAACCUCGCCUCGCACCGGCGGUGGCACAAACCGAAGCAGCAGAGCGGAGCCGCCGGUGCGCAGAAUUUGGAGAGCGACAAGGUGGCCGCGUCCGGUAAAACUGCGCCGGAUGAAGCGAAGGAUUCUAGUGACAGGGACACACCCAGCCCUGGGCCGUCCGAGUCCGGCUCAGAGGAAGGGCUGUAUGAUUGUAAUCACUGUGGGAAAAAGUUUAAGCGCCAAGCGUACCUGCGAAAACACCUGGCGUCACAGCACGGCUCCCCAAAGCCGGCGGAGGAGGAGGACGCGUCGGCCUGCGAGCAGAGCGCGGCGCCGCUCAACCUGAGUUCCUCCACCUGUCACCUGUGCCCGGUCUGCGGGGAGAACUUUACCAGCAGAGGCAGCCAGGAGCGGCACAUCCGCCUACUGCACUCCUCACAGGUCUACUCCUGCAAGUACUGCCCCGCCAUCUUCUACAGCUCCCCGGGACUCACCAGACACAUCAACAAAUGCCACCCGUCCGAGAACCGGCAGGUGAUCCUGCUGCAGAUGCCGCUGCGCCCCGCCUGCUGAUCCGGGACUUUGGGCAAGCUUCACACUCAGAUAACAAGGUGAAGUCCAGCCUUGUUUCUGAGAGGAUCUUAGAGUUACACUGCAAAAAAAUACCUCCCUUUGGGCUCCUUAAAUCUGACUUUUUAAAUCAAGUGAAAGAUGUAUGGCACUCUGGUGAGAAAACCUUACUCUGGUUGACUUCAGUGUUG